AUGGUUUCGUCCAAGGACAUGGCGCCAGUGACAUCCGGCCGGGCCUCCUCGUUCAUCAAGGGCCAAUUUUUGACCAAAUUUCCAAAACUCCCCAAGGAGACCGACUUGAGCGGCAAGGUUGCCAUCGUCACCGGCGCCAGCAGUGGCCUCGGUUUCGAAAGCGCCAAGCGAAUGCUCGCCCUCGGGCUAUCACACGUGGUCGUCGCCGUCCGCUCCCUGGAGCGAGGCAAAGCUGCCGUCCCGCAAUUGCAGACUGCGAACCCCGGUGCGAAGAUCGACGUCUGGCCUUUGGAGAUGGAGUCAUAUCAAUCCAUUCAGGCGUUUGUCCAACGGUGCGAGACAGAGCUCCCUAGGAUCGACAUGGCCAUCUUGAACGCAGGUCUCGCCGAGGUGGAAUUUAGCUUGGCUCCCACGGGACACGAGAAGGUAAUACAGGUCAACUAUCUGAGCACAGUGCUGCUUGUGAUACUCCUCUUGCCUAUCCUCAAGGCCAAGUCAACCGCCGGAGUUGCACCUCAAAUUACGGUUGUGAACUCGAUGAUGUCCACGUUUGCCAAGUUUCCCAACCGGGACAAGAGGCCACUGCUAGCGUCAUUUGACGACACCAAAGUCACGGCUUGGGAUCCCAGCGAACGCUACAAUGUGUCCAAGUUGCUUGGGCAGUUGUUUCUCAGCCGACUGGCCGACCACGUCAAUCCGGAGGACGUCGUCAUCAACAUGGUCGAGCCGGGGCUGACCAAGACCGGUCUAUUCCGCAAUAUCAACGGCGUGGUUGGUGCCGUCUUCAACUUGGUCCAGUUUAUCUCGGCAAGGACCGCAGAGGAAAGCUCCGUGACGUACAUUGACGCUGCCGCGGUGAAAGGGAAGGAAUCGCAUGGUAGUUUUCUUGUUGCCUGCAGGAUUCAUCCGCUUGCCACCAGUACGUACGAGCGAGGGGCCAAAGCCAUUGCGGAUCAGCUGUGGGAGGAAACGCUGGAUGAAUUCGGCUUUGUGGAUGCACGGGGAAUUCUGCAGACUCUCUCUCAGCCGGCUUAG